AUGACAGAUAAUAACGAUGCAGAUGAAGAACAAAAUGUUCCUGAUUUAAAAGUAAUCGAAAAACGUGUGUUGUAUAUGCUUUUAAAACUUCAAGUAAUAUACAAUGUAUCGGAAAUGGCUGUUGAUUUUGUUGCCAAAAGUUUAUCUGAUAUACUUAAUGCAGUACAAACAUCAAAUAUUGAUGUAGGUUUAGUAGGUAAUGUGAUACGAAAGUUUGGGAGUUCUUAUCGAAGAACACAAAAAGCAACGGAAUAUUUUCAAUACGUACAACCCGUACACAAACAAUAUGAAACGAUCAAUCAAAAACAAAAAAAAAAAAUUGUGAAAUAUUCUUAUGUGCCAUUUCUUCUGAGUCUAAAAGCUUUCUUAGCUUUGCCAGAAGUGCAAGAUGAUUUAAACCGACCAACACUUCAAUUUAAUUCAAAAAAAAUCAAAGAUAUUACUGACGGAAAAUUUGCUCGUAAUCAUCCUCGGUUCAAUGAUCCAACA